AUGCUUUCUUAUCAACACAGAGCAAGAAAUCUGAAGGUAACCAUCUCGGAGGGAAACAAAUCAUUUCCUUUUACUAUUGGUGUUGAGUACAAGCACCAGAGUACUUGCAAGAGGCAUAUUGUGCACGUGCACAAGAACGAGAUCAACUCCUUCAUUUCAAAGCAGUCUGAGCCUGAAAGUGACCAUGAUAAUGAGUCCAACGGUGAAGACUCCAACCACAGGUCUUCAGCCUCAAAGAACCCCAAUAGAUCCAACAACCAGCAGGAGAUGUCAGAGGCAGGAGUGGCUGGUGCUUGCAGCAGCUCAUCAGAGUCCAGCACAACCACCGUGGCCUCUGCACUAGUCACAUCCACCAACUCCUUGCACAGCCAGAUCUGCCCAUAUUGCCACAAAGUAUUGGUGGGGGAGGAUGCACUGGUGGUACACAUCAAAGAGGGACAUCCAGCCAGUAUGGUGAUGACCAGCUCCACCUCAUCAACAGCAGUGCUGGUCUGCAGCAACAAGUCAGAGGGGCUGAAGAGAUGCAUCUCAGUGGCUCGUGGUGGGCUGCUGGAUGGGACACUCGGUAACCAGCUGAAGAGCAAGAUUAGCUCGGGGCUCAACCAGCCAACACAGAGCCUGCUGCAGAAGCAGAUGGCGCACAACCCUGUGCCCAUCUCCACAUCCACGUCAGGGUCAUCGUUGGCAGGCAGGCUGGGCACCGUGUCCACCUUGGAGCCAGCGAAGAAGAUGCGACGGCUGAUUCCAAAGCAGAGCCCCACGAUCAGCAUGUAUUACUUGUACCCCUACAUCUGCUUCUACUGUGGUUUUUGGUUCAAACAACAGAGCACUCGUAACAGGCACAUAGUGCAUGCACACUGGAAUGAGGUCAACUCCUCCAAAUCGAAGCAAAGCUCAAAGCAGGUAGAGCCAGACGAUGCAUCCAGCAGUGAAGAUUCUGACCACAGCUCUGGCAUCAACAUCAGCACACUGCAGGAAGUUUUGGCUUACAGCAAAGUGGAGCGCAGCUGUCCUGAGCCCCCACCACAAGUGCUGUCUCCCAUACAGGUCACAGGCCACAAUGGCUGCGGCAGGGAAGCUGCUGCAUCCGGUUGUGCCACCGUCACAUGUCCACCCAACAAGGAGAUGAUAAAGCAGAAAGCAGCGGUGAAACCAAGUGUGCAGAGGAGUCAGAGUGGGCGCUGUGGGGUGCCAGGGGCCAAAUGUGUGACGCGAUUCCCAUUGCCACCAGCAUCCAGUGCGAAGGGUGCUGCCAAGCUGGUAAAGGAGGCUGCCGUCAGUCUGCCGCUUGUGGAAACUGACUCGCCCAUGUCUCCGAAGCAGGAGAAUGAGUAUGUGUGUGUUGAGGAAGAAAUCCCGGUUCUGCACAAGUGUGACUUGCCCAAUUGCCUCAGUAAUGCACAGGAUCCCCUAAGCAUUGACGAAGAGAUUGAGGCAAUUGCUGAUGAUCCACUUCACAUUUGUAAUCUGCAAAGCAUUAAAAAAGAGGUUCUCGAAGGUCCAGUAGUAGUCUCAGUGUUCAGUGGCUGCGUCAAAGAGGAUCCAGAACUAGAUUUAGGAGUAAAUAUAACUGACACUAAAGAAGCAGCAACAAGAGGAAAUGCUUCAGAUAUUACACGGUACAUCCCUACACUACAGUACCAUAGCACACUACUAGAGCAGCCAAUUCAGACAGAUAAGGAAUUUGUCUACAUCAGCCUGACAUUACUCUGACAUUUUUGCUGCUGCCAAAAAUGAAUUAUUGCAUUAUACAGCUGCUCAGUUCUUCUUGGCUCCUAUAGUUGCUUAUUGUGGUAUAGGGAUUUCAAUGUGCACCAGGACUGUAGACAUGUACUCAGAAACAAACUAACAAUUAAUUACUUCACUUCAUUUUUUCAAGAUAAUAACUGAAUUUUUAAG